ACUUGGACCAAUCGGAGUUCGUGGGAGGCGGGCUCUAGUCAACUGUGUUGCCGUUGGAAAAGUGCGGCUUGCCUUCAUUGUGCUUCAGCUGCCUGGUACAACAGAUCAUCAGAGCAGAGCAUAGCGAUGAACAGGAUUCGAAUCCACGUCUUGCCGAGCAGCCGCAACCGGCUGACACAGCAGCCGACGCGUCCGCAGGAGGCUCAGACUUGUGCCUUCUUGCAGCGGCCGUGCUCGCAGCCCCGCCUGGAUGGCUUGGAGUUCUGCAUUAAACACAUUCUCGAGGACAAAAGCGCCCCCUACAAGCAAUGCAACUACGUGUCCGCUAAGAAUGGCAAACGCUGCCCCAAUGCUGCGCCCAAGGUCGAGAGGAAAGACGGUGUUACGUUCUGUGCCGAGCAUGCCCGCAGGAACGCCAUGGCCCUUCGUGCUCAGAUGAAAAAGGUGUCGUCCGGUCCGUCACCAGAGAUGCUCUUGUCCCAGCUGAGCGGAUACAGCCGUGCCGAGACGCGUGGCCUCGAUAGAGCUCACUCCGAAGCCAGUCGUAUUCUCGAUGAGGACAGUCCAAUGAGCGAGGAGGAGCAAGGUCCGCUGGCACUGGACCAGACGUGGAGAGGCGACCCCGAAAGUGAAGCAGACAGCAUUGAUAGUGACCAUGAAGAUCCUCUCAAACAUGCUGGCGUGUACACGGCAGAGGAGGUGGCGCUCUUCACUCGAGAGAAACUCAUCAGGCUGCAGUCCCUCUACAUUGACCAAUUCAAACGUCUCCAGCAUCUGCUCAAGGAGAAAAAGCGCAGAUAUCUACACAACCGCAAAAUCGAGCACGAAACCAUCGGAAGCAGUCUUUUGACGGGAGCCGAAGGCCUGUCCAUGAAGGAGAGGGAGAACCUGAAAAAACUCAAGGCUCUUCGUCGUUACCGUCGUCGCUAUGGCGUGGAAGCUCUGCUCCACCGCCAGCUGAGAGAGCGAAGACAGACGGUGACCGAGGGAGCUCCUCAGGCGCACACACGAGCAGUGCAGGAGAAAUGCAUUUCCUUGGUGGAUGGAAGUCGAUGCUCAAAUCCCUGCCUUCCCCUGACACGCCACUGUUUCUCCCACAUUUUCCAGGACAGCAACCAGGUUCUUUUCAAAAGUUGUCCGGGAACCAAGGACAUCCCGUGUGAGCGUACGGUGCACAUGGGCCAGUCGGACGAUCCCCGUUGCCCUCUUCACCUCCCCCUCCCGCCACCCAUGUACAGGCCAGAGUGGGAGCCCCCCCAGCAGGAGCAUCCCAGCCCCGUUGCCAGAGAACUGUACCUGAGCGCCGCUGAACUUCGGCCCACCGAGAGCCUUCCUCUGGAGUUCAGCGAUGACCUGGACGUGGAAGGAGACGGGACGCAGGGGCCGCCGUCCCCCCUGCAGUUCGACACUGCGUUGGCCCUGGAGGACCAGACCAUUCGAGCCAUUGCCGAGGCACCGAUGGAUCUCCUAACCGCGGACGACCCGGAUCAGGUAGAUCUGGACCCGUCAGGACAGGACGACAACGACAUUGCUGAUGAGCAGGUGACAUCCGAGGCGUUGCAAGCCAAAGAAGACGCGCCCAGAUGAUUCUUUGUUUUCCAAUCUGCAAAGACGGACGAACAGCCAUUUGGAAUAUUUUCAACUGUUCACUGACUGCUCCCUGAUUGGUCCUGUUUACACGCAUUAAACUGCACUCCUCCUCA